AUGGAGCCGGGGCUGCGGAGGAGGUCGCGGGGCCGCGCGCGCUCGAAUCCCGGCCGGGCUGCCGCGUCCCGCUCCGUGGAGCCGCACUGCGCGGGACUGUGGCUCUUCCCCAGCGCCUCGGGUCUCCGCAGCGCGCUACUCCGGAGGUCCGAGGCUACGCGCCAGAUAUGCUGCACGUCGAGGCGCCUAGCGGUGCUGGAGCGCGGCGGGGCUGGCGUCGAGAUCCACCAGCUGCCGCCGAGGAGCGACGGGGCGAGGAAGCCCAAGUAUAUUAAGUUAGGGAAAAAAAUGAAGAUACAUUCCAUGGACCAAGGAGAAGAGCAUAUGCUGAUUCUGUCCUCAGAUGGAAAGCUGUUUGAAUACAAUUACAGCAUAGAACACCCAAAGUUUCAAAGCAUUUUGCAAGAAAAAUAUAUAAUUCAGAUCACAUGUGGAGAUUAUCAUUCUCUUGCAUUAUCAAAAGGUGGUGAGCUUUUUGCCUGGGGACAGAACCUGCAUGGCCAGCUUGGAGUUGAAAGGAUCGUUCCUUUCACCCCCAUACCACAGAUGGUGGAGAACCUCGCAGGAGUCCCCUUGGUUCAGAUUUCUGCUGGAGAAGCCCACAGCAUGGCCUUAUCCAUGUCUGGAAAUGUUUAUUCAUGGGGAAAAAAUAAUUUUGGACAACUUGGCCUGGGCCACACCAAGAAUAGAGCAGUUCCUUGCCUUAUUGAAACACCAGACAAUAAGAAAGUUGAAUUUCUCGCUUGUGGUGGUUCUCAUGCUGCCUUGCUCACACAGGAUGGGCUGGUGUUUACUUUUGGUGCUGGGAAAUAUGGGCAACUUGGUCAUAAUUCAACACAGAAUGAGCUGAGACCCUGUUUGGUGACCAAGCUUGCUGGAAAUAGAGUGACCCAGGUAGCAUGUGGAAGGUGGCACACACUUGCCUAUGUUUCCGAUUUGGGAAAGGUCUUUUCCUUUGGUUUUGGAAAAGAAGGACAAUUAGGAAAUGGUGGAAAACAUAAUCAGCUGAUACCGAUACCCAUGAAAUUGCCAUCAAAUGAAGAACUCAAAUUUGAAAGCCACAGCUCAGGAAAGGAGCUGAUUAUGAUUGCUGGAGGAAAUCAAAGCAUUUUGCUCUGGAUAGAAAAAGAGAAUUCCUAUGUUAAUCUGAGGAGGAAAAUUMUUUUAUUAAAUGAAGGAACUAUAAAGAGAUGGAUCGCUGAUGUGGGCACUAAGCAGUGGCAAAAUACAAAAAGGGAAAUCCGAGAGAUAUUUUCAUCUCCUKCUUGUCUGACCGGAAGUUUCUUAAGGGAAAGAAUAGCUGCUGAAACCAUGUUUAUACAUUCUGACUUAAAUAAAGCAAGAAACACCUUUAAGGAAUUAACCCAAAAGGACUGGAUCGCUAACACGAUAACUACCUGCCUCAGAGAUAAUCUGCUCAAAAAUCUGCCAUUUUGUUUUCUACACCAAGAAGCUUUAGAAAUUUUCUUCCUUCUCCCAGAGUGUCCAGUGAUGCAUGAUUUUAACAACUGGGAGAGCCUGGUGGUUCCGUUUGCAGAGACUAUUUGUAAAAUGAGUGACCAAUCACUAGGGAUUCUGGAAGAGUAUUGGGCAACUCUGCAAGAAUCCACAUUCAGAAACCUGGUUCAGAUGUUUAUGAAAGCCAUCAACUCUCAGCUGCAUUACUGGACUGAAAAGAAUGAGAAUAACUGUCACCUUAAAGCUCUACUAGAAAUUUUGAAAAAGCUGCAUAGGGUAAACCAAAUUAAAUAUCAACUACCUGAAGAUAUUUUCAAACUAGAUGUACUCUCAGAUUGGCUCAAUUUUUAUGGAGAAGCAUAUAGAAGGUCCUGUUGGAAAAUGAACUUGGAUACUUCAGAAGAUAUGCAUUGUGUCAUAUUCAGUCACUUUCCAUUUGUUUUUGAUAUUCGGUCAAAAACUAAACUACUUUAUGCAGACUCAAUUCUAAAAAUACAGGAAAGAAAAAUUCGAGCUUACGUGAGUUUGGCAGGAAUUAUUGAACAAGAAGAAUCUGAAUUAGCUUCAUUGUCCACCUUUAAUCUAAGAGUCAGAAGGAAUCACUUGAUUGAGGAUGUUUUGAGUCAGCUCAGUCAAUUUGAGAACGAAGACUUGAGGAGAGAGUUGAGGGUUUCAUUUAUUGGAGAAAUUGGAUAUGAAUAUGACCUUGGAGGAGUCAAGACAGAAUUUUUCUACUGUUUAUUUGAAGAGAUGACCCGGCCAGAAUAUGGGAUGUUCAUAUAUCCUGAAGAGGCCUCCUACAUGUGGUUUCCUGCCCGGCCUAAAUUUGAGAAGAGAUAUUUCUUCUUUGGGGUUCUCUGUGGACUUUCCCUUUUCAACCGCAGUGUGGCCAACAUCCCUUUCCCACUGGCACUGUUCAAGAAGCUUUUGGACCAGGUGCCAUCAUUGGAAGACUUAAAAGAACUCAGUCCUGUUUUGGCAAAGAGUUUGCAGACACUUCUGGAUGAUGAAGGCAAUGACUUUGGAGAAGUAUUUUACGUCCAUUUUAAUUUGCAUUGGGACAGAAAUGACGUAGAAUUAAUUCCUAAUGGAAGCUGCAUAGUUGUCAACCAGACCAACAAGAGAGACUAUGUUUCUAAGUGUGUUGAUUACAUCUUCAACAUCUCUGUGAAGACAGUGUACAAAGAAUUCCAGAGAGGAUUUUAUAAAGUAUGUGACAAAGAGAUUAUAGAAAUUUUUCAUCCUGAAGAAUUAAAGGAUGUGAUUGUUGGAAACACAGAUUAUGACUGGGAAACAUUUGAAAAGAAUGCAAGUUAUGAGCAAGGAUACAAUAAUUCACAUCCCACUAUAGUGAUGUUUUGGGAGGCUUUACAUAAAUUGACUCUGGAGGAAAAGAAAAAGUUCCUUGUGUUUCUUACAGGCACUGACAGACUACAAAUGAAAGAUUUAAAGAAUAUGAAAAUAAGAUUUUGCUGCCCUGAAAAUUUGAAUGAAAAAGAUCCCAUGAGAGCGCAGACAUGUUUUAGUGUUCUCUACCUCCCUAAGUAUUCUACUAUGGAGAGAGUGGAAGAAGCACUUCAAGUAGCCAUCAACAAUAGCAGGGGAUUUGGCUAA